UCAGAAGCAGAAGACUCGCGACAACAUGGCGAGCGUGUCAUCGUGCGCGUGUCUCUCGUGCAAAGUAGUGUUCGCGAACGCGGAGUUACACCGCUCGCACUACAAAAGUGACUGGCACCGGUACAACUUAAAGCGUAAGGUCGCAUUUUUGCCACCCGUCAGCGCCGAGGAGUUCCAGCAGCGGGUGCUAGCGCACCGGGAAGCCAGCGUCGCCGCCGAGACCUGCGCUGCCGGCACCUACUGCGACGUGUGCGGCAAGCGUUUCGGAACCCCCAAGGCCUUCGAGAAUCACGUCAACUCCAAGAAGCACCAGCAGGCCCUGGUCAUGGCACAGUCCGGCAAUCCGGAGGAGUCUGGUGCAACGUCGUCGUGCGAAGUUAUUGCUAGGCCAAAGCCCGAAAGGAGCGAAAGCACCAGCAGUUGCAGCAGCAUGGUUGCACGUAAAAAUGCCAAGAAUGCGUCCGAGCACGCUCCCUUGUCUCACCAGAAAGCUCCCGCCCAACGCAUGCCGUUCACAAACAGGACUGCCAUGGCCGCCAUCGUUGACGAAGAGGACAGCGGCGAUGAGGAAUGGCAGAGCGUGGACGAUGAAGAGGAAGAAAAUGACGAAGAGGAGGAGGACGAGGAAGGGAUGGAGGACGACUCUGAGCAGGUGCUCCCGACUGAGUGCCUGUUCUGUGGUGAGCAGAGUGGCAGUGUUGUGGAGAAUGUGGCCCACAUGGGGCGUGCGCACUCUUUCUUCAUUCCCGACGCGGAGUACCUCGUUGACGUCGAGGGGCUGCUGACAUACCUGGGAUACAAGUUGGGUGUCGGCCGGCUCUGCCUCUGGUGCAGCAAUGAGCGGAGUGCUCCCUUCGUGAGCGUGCAGGCUGCUCGGCAGCAUAUGCGGGACAAGGGCCACUGCAAGAUGGCUCAUGACGGAGUGGAUGGCUUGAUGGAUUACUCGGACUUCUACGACUACACGGCAAGCUACCCAGAGGGAGAAGGUGGCAGUGCGGAUGAAGAGGUUGACGUCAAUGUUCUCGAUGGUGAUGGCUGGCAGCUCGUGCUGCCAUCUGGAGCUGUGGCAGGUCACCGCGCCCUGGCAAGGUACUACCGCCAGAACCUGCCUGCUGUUGCGGCGUCCCGGUCUGGUGACUCUGCCAGUCGCGUCCUGAGUCACUACCGAGCUCUCGGCUGGACGGGAGCCACGUCGCGCGACGUCGCUCAACGAAAAGCACGUGACAUCCGCUUCAUUCAGAGUGUGCGUGCCAAGAAGCACAUGAAGCUCGGGGUCAAGGCCAACAAGCUGCAGACACAUUUCAGACAGCAAGUGAUGUUCUAAGUAGCGGCAACUUGCCAACGAUCCUGUGGACGAAGCGGAUGACACAUUUUUGUUGCCGACAUACAAGCCCGCAACGCACCCUGAAAUGUGAAAUAGUUGUUGGCUUCGAAACACGAGGCUGUUGCUAUGCUCAGAGUUGUUUGAGCAGUAGGAAAGUGAUUUGAGGACUUUCUCGAGUACAGUGUGCCACUCUGAUGCUGCUUUCUGUGGGCCCUGGUAGUUUUUUUUUUCUUGGCAACGUGCACCAGUUCAUCAAGCACAUCAGCCAGCCAUGCAAGCAAGCCUUGGAAUGUGUGAAUGGGUAUGCCUUGAUGUAUUGGAACAAAACAGAGACAAUGAGACCGCCAUGAAGGACUGUGAUUUCCGAAGAUAAAUUGGCAGUUGCAUACGCAAGAUCAGAACAAGAGAGCCGGAAUGAUCACAAUGCGUCUCGUUCGAAGCACACGUGUAUGUUUUGUCAUGGCCUUGUUCUUCUCGUUGCUCUCAUCAACAUAGAAAAGCGAGUUGCGUGUAUCCACAUCUUAACAUAAGGGAGUAGUACCGCAAAUGUGAGAAUGUUGGGAAUUGUGUUCAACGUUUCGCAGCGCACUGUCAAGCAAACUGCAAGUGAUUUAGAAGACUACAAGCACAAGAUGGGCAUUAGGACGAAGACGGCUUGAAGCAGUGCUUGAAUGACACUUUUGGAAGCUGCCAAUGUGUGUGACUUGUUGAAACUUGAUAGUUUUCAAGAGUGUUUUAAGGCAGUGCAUGUUUUUUUUCUACAAGUGGCAUCAUUGGUAGCUGCUGAGUGCUGUUGUGGGUGCUACGUUUGGCACUGCUCUUUCGAAUAGACUGCAUGUGAAGUUUGUUGUACAGGUAGGUUCUGCCUGGACUGAAUUUCCAAAAGUUUGUCAUGUCAAGUUGGGCUCUUUGUUCAGGUUCAUUUAAUGUCAUUCCAGUAAGCUUUACGGGAAAGCUUUCAGUCAUGUUUUUGGGUCGUCAUUUUUUACAUGGGCAUAUUUACAUACCAACUAAUGUAUGUAGUGUUAUUUCUUUCCCAUGGGUGAACAGAUUCAGAGUCUGCAAAUAAAGUUUUUUUUUUCUUGCUUGUAUUGCUUGCCUUGUGCAUACAGAGGGCUGGUUGUGCAUGUCUGAAAGCUAGUGUAUAAUAUGUACAGUUUCUGUUGAAAUUAAAAUGUGUUGUGCAUUGGC